GACACUUCCGAAGAAUCCUAUUGGGAAAUUUGUCUUGUUUUUUUCUGCCUUUUCAAAAAAAAAACAACAAAUUAUGGAAUCAGCAAAACUGGAUGAAGAAAAAUUACGUGAAGCCGCCUGUUAUGGAGAUCUAGAAGCUGUAAAAACAUUACUUAAAAAAGGUGUAAAUAUUAACUCUCAGCAUAGCAUCAAUGGCUGGACAGCAUUGCACUGGGCUGCGAAGAGAAAUCAGCUUGAUGUUGCUCAUUGCUUACUAACAAAUGGAGCUGAGAAAAAUUUAGAGAGUUUUGCAAAGGAAACCCCAGCAGAUUUAUCCACAAGUCCAGCUAUUUUAAAUCUCCUUGGUUCUCCACUGAUGAAGACCAAGACAGAAGAAGCAGAACAGAAUACCAUAACUCCUCAUUACCUAGCACAAUCAAACACUGGUUACAAAGUAGAUACCCACGAACAAACAAAGUUAUCUAUGACUUUGCCAAAUGGGAGUGAUGUAGGCAAACAAAAAGAAUUAGUGUUUAAGCUUCGCAUAGCUUACUCAACUGAUACAGACUUCAUUGAAGUGGAAAUUGAGAGAUCUGAAUUAAAUUAUCAACAGUUCUUGAUUGUUUGUUGUUCUGAACUUGGCCUGAAUUCAAAAUAUGUUGAAAGGCUGCGUAAAUUGCCAAAUACAAGACUAAGAAAAGAUAGGGAUAUACAGAGGUUAAAAGAUUUUGAGGAAAUUGAAGUUGUUCUGGUUGGUAGUAAGCCAAAGUUUACCAUUGAAUCUGACUCCCCAAAUAUUGUUGGACCAGCUUUGAAGAAUCAAAAUCAAACUAUCCUUUACUAAUUCUAGAAGGUACCAUAUUGUUCUAAAAGCAGUUAGUUGUUAAUUAGAAUUUUACUUCUUAUUUUGAUAUAGAACUUCUGUGGGCAGAUAAUGUUUGACCAAAAUCUCACUCGUUCUAUCCCAAUUAUGAUUCAUUCCUAAAUUAUACUAAUUUACGAUGAUUCUGAUUCCUUGCACGUAUUCGUAAUCAACUUCCCGCAACGUUUCGUACAAUUCAUUAUGUUGUAAGGUGGUAUGGUAAUGUCCUCGCACGCUUGAUUUUUUAUUUAAAUAAUAUUUUAGACGACCAUGUUGAAUACUUUCUAAUUUGCAAGAGCCAGAGAUGAAGAGUUAACAAAAAAACCAGUGUACACCUAAUAUUGGUUUCUGCUACGAAAUAAUGCAUGUUGGCUAAAUU